AGUCUUAAAUUAAAAAUGGAUAAAAUAAGUGCUAAAAAAUGUCCAUGUGGAAAUAUAUGUGAAUAUUUUAAUUGUGGCAAUUCACGCAGAAAUUCUACCGUUAGGAUGUUUAGGUUUCCAGUGAAACUUAAGGACAUUUGCAAUCAAUGGAUAUUAAAUUCGGGAAACGCUAAGUUGGCUGGAGUUCCAGUUGAAAGCUUACGUGGUAAAUACAUUUGUAGAAACCAUUUCAACAAUGAGGACUUCCGGACAGAAACCCAAAAAUAUCUUAAAUGUAAUGCAGUUCCUCAAAACUAUACUGCUUUCUUUAGCAGCCCUUUUGCUUCAGAUAGCGAGAAAACUUUAAAGGUGCAGACUCCAAAAAGAAAAUAUACUGCAGCGGUUCUAUAAUGAAUAUACCGUGACAGGUUAAAACUCUUAUAGGUGACACCAAAUUACAUGCCUUUGCUGGGGAAAUUUAAUAUAGGUAAUAAUUUUUCUAUGGCAACAAAUAUAUCUAUUCUAUAUUAUUUAGUUUUAUACUUUAUUUUAAAUAUAUAUAUUGUUAUAAAAAUAUAAAUACGUAAAUUAUUUGUAUAGUUUUUGUAUUGUUUGGAUUGUUAUUUUCUAGUUAAGAUUCACCAUGUUAUGUUUAUUAUUUAGAAUCAAAUUAUACCUAAUAAGUCUUUGAUUUCAAAAACUUUCUGCAAAAUAGUACUAUUU